AUGUCAACAACACUCACCCAGGUGGUCACAGUCCCCCUGACUGAUCUCUCAAGACCAAGUUGUGUGAGACUACACAAUGUCCUCCCCUCUCACCCUGGAAGCGAGAUACCCACCAGCCAUCUCGCACCACCACGGGUCUUUGAAGCCGAGCCCACGAGCACACUGAACAAGUCCAGGCGGGUGCUGAUCACCACUCUCGUCAUCUUGGCCAGUCUAACACAAUAUGCUGCGAACUUCGUAACACUGGCCGGCGGGCUGGCCUUCAGCAGGAAGUUGGGCCGUGACGUCGGCCCAGGCGAGGCAAACUGGAUGCCCGCUGCCUACUCCCUCACCCAGAGCACCUUCGUCCUCAUCAGCGGGCGCCUGGGCGCCGUGUACGGCCACAAACAGACACUCCUCGUCGGCGGCGCCAUCAUCUCCGCCUUCUCGCUGAUAAACGCCUUCACGCCCACCUACACGGCCUUCGUCGCCGUGCGGGCCCUGACGGGCAUCGGCGGCGGGCUCAUCAUGCCCAACGCGGUCGCGAUGAUCACCAUCGUCGUGCCGCCCGGGCGGACGCGGAACCUCACCAUGGGCUUCUUCGCCGCCGCGGCCCCCGUGGGCGGGUGGGUCGGCGGCCUCAUCGCGGGCCUGUUCAUGCUCACCCCCAACUGGCAGAUGAUGUUCGUCUUCAUCUCGGGCGUCACGGCCGUGCUGUUCGGCCUGCUCGCCCUCGAGCUGCCCCGCGAGGUCCCCGUCGACAGGGGCGGCAGCAUCGACUACGCCGGCGCGGCGCUCGGCUGCGGCGGGCUGCUGCUCUUCAACUUCGCCUGGAACCAGGCGCCCUCCGCGGGCUGGUCGGCGCCGUACGAGAUCGCGCUGCUCGUCCUGGCGGUGGCGCUGUUUGUGGGGUUCCUCGCGUGGGAGCGGCACGUCGCGAGCGAGCCCAUCAUGCCCGUCAGCAUCUUCAGGGCGCCGACGUUCACCGCGCUGCUGCUCGUCGUGCUGCUCGCCUACAUGUCGUUCGGCAUCUCGUUGUGGUAUAUGAUCGCGUGGGAGCAGCUGCUCCGCGGCCGGGACGUGAUCCAGCUCGCCGUGGAGUGGACGCCCUUCGUGCCCGGGUCCGUCGUCGCUGUCUUCAUCGCGGCCUGGCUCAUCCCCCGGCUGGCGGCGCAGUACAUCAUCGCCCUGGGCGUGGUGUUCGUCAUGGUCUCGAACCUGCUCCUGGCCACGAUGCCCGUCCGCCAGACGUACUGGGCCCAGACGUUCCCUGCCAUCGUCGUCGGGAGCAUGUGUCCUGACCUCGUGUACGUGGCCGCGCAGGUCAUCGCCAGCAACAGCGUCAGCCGCAAGCAGCAGGGGAUCGCGGGGAGCCUGAUCGGGACGCUGAACCUGUAUGGGAACAGCCUGGGGCUGGGGUUUGCUGGUACCAUUGAGACGCAGCUGUUGAAGCAGACGCAUGAUGAGGCGCAUGGGUUUAGAGCAGUGUUGUAUUUUGGCGUGGCCUUGGCGGUGGUGGGCCUGGUUCUCAAUUUCAUUUUCGUGAGGGUGCCUAAGGAUGAGCGUGAAGGGUGGGAUCCUGCUGACCAGGACACUGAGGACAUUCCUGUGGUGGGAGCGAAUCUGAGGAGGGGCGGUGCAGCUACUGGUGUUGAGAACAGCGUCGCAGCAUGA